UGGAUCCAAUUCGGCUGAAAUCCUGCUUUUCCCAUGCAGUACUGCAGCGGAUCCCGAUCCCAUGGCACACGGUCGUUUGAGGCAUUGCGAGUCCCGAGUCGACUCUCUCCCGUUUCCCGGCCGUCCCCUUCACCAAUCCAAUCCAACUCCAAUUCGUCCUCCGGUCCUCCCCCUCGAGGCCUACGCACAAUAGAUUCGAUCUCGAGUCCUCGAAUCCUGCCUUUUCCUCUGGUCAGGAAAGCAUGAGCUUGAUUUCCGGCGCUUCUCGCCGUCGAGCUCGAACCAGAAGAUAAGAAGAAUCCGCUAGGGGCGAGCCCCAUAGAAGAUGGCCCCGCACCCGCAGGAGGACAAAUCAGAUCGGCACAGCAGCGGCGCCGGUGCGUCGAGGGAGCAGGAACGGCGGCCGUCCAAGGCAUGGGGAAUCCUCAUCUUCGGCCUCAUCGGCGUCACCACCGCCAGUUUCGCUAUUACUCAAGUUCGCAAAAGCAUGGACUGGUUCUACACUCAGUCAACAUCAUCUUGGACUUGGAGGUAUACAAGUAAUAACUCAAGUCGUGGAAGCUUCAGUGAGGAAGCUAAGAAAAGAUAUUAUCAGCGAAUGCAGCAGGAAUAUGAAGAGGAACAAGAGAGAGUUCAAAGAAUAAGGCAUAUGCAGAGUGUCUUCAACAGAGAGAGGAAUAAAUUUGGACGAGGUUAUGAAAGCUGGAGGGAGAAUGGCCCUCCUCGUGGCUACAAUUACAUCCCUCGGGAUGAUUGGUAUUGGCAGACCGAUACUUCUCACUCAGAACAUAAAAAUAGGCGGACGUACACACCGGCAGGACCUAGGGUUUAUCCUAUGUCGCAUCACUAUGCAGUUCUAGGUCUUGACAGAUCACGAGCGACACCAUAUACAGAUGCAGAAGUGAAGACUGCUUUUAGAACAAAAGCGAUGGAAGUGCAUCCUGACCAAAAUCAAAAUGAUAGAGAUGCUGCAGAAGAGAAGUUCAAGGAGGUUGUCAAGUCUUACGAAGCAAUUAAAUCGGAGAGAAAAAACGGUGUAAGUUGAUGCAAACUUCCAGUGUGGUCGGAUCAAGUGGUAAAGACUGGGACCGGAUCACGCGGGAAUCAGUUGUGCCUUGUAUAUGUAAUCAAUUGUUGCCGGCAGCUUGAUAAAAUGGUUCUUCUGUUGCUGUUGAGGACCUGUAGCACGAGUUCCAUUUAUGAGCUUGGGCGAUGUAGAUUUGGAUAGGUUCAAAAGAUGUGCUUUUUGUUCAUUUAGCCACUAACUUGACGUGCUGGUGUAAGGACACUACACGCUCUUAGCCAGGUUAGCAAGAAAAGGCUCAGCCCCAAUCUUACAGAUGCAGGCAACCAAAUAAUCCCUAUAUAAAAGGCGGACUAGAUCAUGAGACGUUCCUCGGUAUUCGGUAACAAUAGAAAUGACAGAGCAUCAAGCUCUUUGCUGAUUA